UUCUAGCCUUUCCGUAAAGCGCUGUUAAAAUUUCAGGUACGUGUACAUAUGUAUGCAAUAGUAUGUACAAUAACGGUGGAGGAUAGAAGUCAAUAGAUUUAAGAAUUUUUUGAACAUUGCGCUUAAUUUUUAUUUGUACUUAUUUAUUUACCGCGUAAAAUUUUACUAACGUAUUCAUUAAGAUUACAGAAAAUCAAGCAUGUUCCGUACUUUGGAUACUUUCGAUACAGAAUUUUCCGCUGAUUCAGUUGAAUGGUGUCCAAUAGAUUCCUUCAAAGAUGUAUUUGUUUGUGGAACGUAUCAAUUAAUGAAAGACGAGAAUUUACCAUCCAAUGUGUCAUCAAAACGUUUAGGAAGAAUUUAUCUAUUUCAAAUUGUACAAAAUGGACGCUUAAUAAUAUUGCAAAAAUUAGAAGUACCCGCUGUAUUGGAUAUGAAAUGGGCGCAUGUUACAUUACAAAAUAAAAUUUUACUCGGUGUUGUAAACUCUUUAGGGCACUUACAAAUUUAUCAACUUAAAAAUGACAACGAAAAGAUAACUCUAGAAUUAUUAGUGCAAAAGAGAGUUGGCGAUGAAGUACUUGCAUUAUCUUUAGAUUGGUGUACCGGAAGAUUGACAAAUGAAGUCAGUUUAAAAAUAGUAGUUAGCGACUCAAAAGGUUUCGUCUCAUUGUUUGAGUUAAACGAAAAUGAACUUGAUAAAAUUAAUUCAUGGUCAGCACAUGGAUUUGAAGCAUGGAUUGCAGCUUUUAAUUAUUGGGACACAAACAUUAUAUAUAGCGGUGGCGAUGACUGUAAAUUUCAAUGUAUUGAUACGAGGAUAAAGACUCGGGUUUCAAAUAAUGUUCACGGUGCAGGCGUUACAAGUAUUCAUAGUAAUGCAGCGAGAGAAUUUUUAUUAUCAUCUGGAAGUUAUGAUGAAAUAUUGAGAUUAUGGGAUACGAGAAACUUGAAGCAGCCAAUUUCAAAUACGAAUCUAGGUGGCGGCAUUUGGCGUUUAAAAUGGGAUCCCUUUAAACGAAAAUAUUUGUUGGCUGCUUGCAUGUAUAGCGGAUUUAGAAUAGUCGACUGCGAAAACACUGAAAUACCGUCUGUUAUUGGCGAGUAUAAUGAACACGAAAGUAUAGCAUAUGGGUGCGAUUGGAGUUACUUAAAUAGCGAAGAAAUAUCAGGACAAAUACUCGAAAAAGAAACACAAUAUGCAUUUCUAAUGACUACUUGUUCUUUUUAUGAUCAUGUUUUAAAAUUAUCCGCAUUAUAUUUAAAGAAUAACUAAAGAAUUUUCAAUAAAGAAGAAUCGAAAAUUUA